AUGGGCGACCAUGUUACGGCUCAGUCACAUUUUGAUUUAUCUUUGGCCCCAUUUGACAAGAACAAUUCGGUGGUUCAAGCCCAAAAUUUAAUGCAAAAGGCCUUCGUCCACAUCUGCAGGAACGAGAACGAGGAAGCAAAUCGUUUACUUAGAGAGGCCUACGAGCUUCAGCCUUCAAACCGUCAAGUCACGAACAAUCUUGCCGUAGUCUCUCUCUAUCUCGGCAACUUGACGGAGGCGCUUUGUUUGCUUGAGUCUGUUUGCUUGCCAGACUCUAACUCACGUCUCCCAAAAGAAGCAGGGAGAUCCCUUCAGGGCUCCGACCCGUUGUCGGCUGUUCAUUCACCUCCAAAUCCGUUUGUCCUUAAUUUGGCGGUUCUCUAUGAAGUCCAUUCCGAUCGUGCUGUUGAUAAGAAAGUACGGCUGUUAGAGGAAGUGGCCCGCAUGCCUGGGGAGAUGGUUGAUCCAGUAAACUUCAAACUAGCUAUUUAA